GUCUCUCGGUGUUACACGGGGCUGACGUGGACGAAUGUGGUCCGACCUUGGGCUCGGACCUCUCAGAAGCGUAAUAUUCUGCAGUAAGUAUUCCUCCUGGAUGGAUGCAAAAAGCAAAGAGAAGGCGUGGAUUGUGCUGUGUCAUUGUAUCUGCCACAUCUCAAUUCCAAAUUCCUGAGCUGGCACAAUGUUACCUUGGCCAGCUUAUUUAUCCCGCCACCAGAAACCAGACAAGGACAGGAGAGAAUGAGAAAAAAAAAUCAAUGAAAUAAAAUAACAACGGAGUCACAGACAGACAUAAGAGCAGCCUACCAUGACCAUUAACAACACCGGCCUAGACGCCAGAGGGACCGAAGAUGUUUGCAGCAAAGCUCUCAGUCAAUUCGACCUACCGCUCGAAGAUUUUCCCAACGAAAUCGCCUGGUGCCUGCAUGAACUGAUCGAGCAGCAAUGUCGGGCUCAUCCCGAUACUGAAGCUGUCUGUGCCUGGGAUGGAAGCUUCACCUACUCGCAGCUCCUGGCGCACGCCGCGCGGCUCGCUACCGUGCUUCAAGCCCAUGGGGUAGGGCCCGACAAAUUCGUUCCAAUAAUGAUGGAGAAAUCGCGCUGGGCAGUAGUAGCUAUGUUGGCGGUACUACAGGCUGGGGGAGCAUUGGUUCUCCUAGACCCUGGGCAGCCACAAAAGCGUCUACAUUUUAUCUGCGCCAAAACUGAAGCUCGGAUUGUGAUCUCUUCGCCGCAGCAAGAGGCUGCUGCACAGGAGCUGGUUCCGGAGGUGGUCACUAUCGACGAGAAGUUCGAACUGUCAAAAGGCAUUAAAUCGCCAGGUGUAACCCAAAAUAGGAUACACCCGCAGCAUGCGGCCUAUGCAGUCUUCACUUCCGGAAGCACAGGGUUGCCAAAAGGGGUAGUGAUAGAACAUCAGUCGAUUGCAGCAUCGGUAAUAGCGCAUGGCAGGGCUCUUCACUUGAACUCCGCGUCACGCGUUCUGCAAUUCGCUGCAUGCACCUUCGAUGCCUGCCUGGUCGAGACAGUAACGGCGUUGGCGUACGGAGGAUGUAUAUGCAUUCCAUCUGAUGUUGACCGCGAGACAAAUCUCGCGGUCGCUGCCAGGCGACUAGAGGUCAACUGGGCCCUGUUGACACCCUCCACGGCCCGCUUGAUUGCCCCCGACGAGGUGCCAUCUUUAAAGACCUUGGUUCUUGGAGGGGAGGCACCUAGACAAGAUGAUCUGGCCCGAUGGAAACCGCACGUGCGGCUUAUGAACGCUUUUGGGCCGGCCGAAUGUGCAAUUAUAACAUCUGUCCACGAAUACCAGUCUGCGACUGACACCCCGGCCAAAAUUGGACGCCCGACGGGGAGCCGCUGCUGGAUUGUAGAAGAAGACAACCUAGAAAUGCUCGCCGACAUUGAGGCAGUAGGCGAGCUGGUAGUUGAAGGACCUAUUGUUGGACGAGGAUAUCUCGACGACCCUAAAGCGACGGCCGCCGCCUUCAUCGACCGGCCAACGUGGCUACAGGAGCGCUUCCCAGGGGCGAUGCCGCGGAUAUAUCGCACAGGGGACCUAGCCAGGUAUCAUGCCGAUGGGUCAAUUGAGUACAUGGGCAGAAAGGACAGCCAGGUGAAAAUUGCUGGGCAGCGACUGGAGCUGCUAGAAAUAGAGCAUCACCUGCGGCAGUGCUUAUCCACUACGACAAAGGAUGUCGCCGUAGAGUUAGUCUCGCCCCUUGACGACGAGGAUUCGCCCAUUCUGGUGGCAUUCGCGCUGCUCAAGACCGUUCUUGACGAGGCGAGCAAACGUGCCUUUCAGGACGAGUUUACGGCGGCCCAGCUGCAGCUCCAGCAGCAGCUGCCCAGGUACAUGAUCCCCCGAGCUCAUCUGAUUCUAACCGCUAUGCCUUUGAAUGCUAGUGGCAAGCUCGACCGCCGACGCCUGCGGGAAAUUGGCGGCUCCAACAACCGCCGUGAGCUGCUCCAAAGAUGCAGGACCAAAGAAUCAGGCAAACGAGCCCCUUCCAGUGCGCUCCAGAUAGCCAUGCAGCAAUUGUGGGCCGAGGUGCUCCAUAUGGUAGUUGAUGACAUAUCUCUGGAGGACAACUUUUGGUCUCUGGGAGGGAGUUCAAUUCGAGCCAUGAAGUUGGCUGCGGCGGCCCGCCAGCUGGGGCACAAGGUGGCGAUGCAAGAUAUCUGGGGCAGCGAGACGCUCGAGGAUAUGGCGUCGGCGAUGGGCAGUGAUACUGCGUGUACAGGGCCAUCUCGAUCAGAGCCGACAUCUGUCACGCCAUUCUCUCUUGUCGAACGCAAGGAAAUCAUUCCUGCGCUGCAAGCACAGUGUUCCCUGCACUCACCGGCUGAGGUCGAGGACAUCUACCCUUGCACUCCUCUACAAGAGGGUCUGUUCUCAUUGUCGAGCGAGCGUCCAACGACUUAUACUAUCCAGAAAGAAUACAAAUUGGACCAGGGCAUUGAUAUCCAGCGGUUUCAGGCGGCGUGGGCUGCCACCAUCAUAGCUAAUCCUAUUCUACGCACACGUAUUGUGCAGGCCGAGGAUGGCCGACUCUAUCAGGCAGUGAUACGUGGCGACGCAAUUGCAUGGGAGACGCGAGCACCUGAACAUGGUACCUGGGGAGUUGGACAGCCUCUCCUGAAGCUUGCCCUAAGUCCUCGUCCAGCCGAAGGGGGUGUCAACCACAACUUCACGCUCGUUAUGCACCACUCCUUGACUGAUGGUUGGGCGUUGCCUUUGAUCCUACACCAAGUCGCGAUAGCGUACCAAGGAGAGUCUCUGAUCUCCCGCCCAUUCAGUUCAUUUAUCCAACAUACCCUCGCUGCCCGGACAGGGGAGUGUAUAGAUUUUUGGAACGAGCAGCUAGCUAAUUUGGAAGCAACCCCGUUUCCCAAACUGCCCGCACCGGAUUACAGGCCCAUACCCAGCGCCAGCACGGUGCACACAAUCGAGCUGCACAAGAACGGACUCACUGAUAAUGAACACGUCACGCUGUCCACACGUGUGCGACUGGCUUGGGCGAUCCUGAUCUCGCAAUAUACCAAUAGCCCCGACCUUGUGUUCGGUGCCACGGCCAGCGGCCGCGGGGCUCCCAUCCAUGGUAUUGAGAAGAUGACGGGACCUACAAUCGGAACAGUCCCCAUUAGGGCAAGGCUAAACUGGGAGGAGACAGUCAACAGCAAUUUAGCGGAGUUGCAGCGGCAGGUGAUCCUCAUGAUGCCGUAUGAGCAGCUGGGACUACAGCGAAUUGCACGGCUGAGUUCUGAUGCGGCGGCGGCGUGCCAGUUCCAAAGCCUCCUGGUUAUUCAGCCAGAGAAAGAAGACGGAGAAGUCCCUGAGAUGUUUGCUAGCUGUGGAGAUAAGGCAAAGUCAGCCCUGGCCUUUGGCUCCUAUGUCAUUACGCUCCUCUGUCAGCCAUCUGGCGACUCGGUUACCGUCGAGGCCGUCUACGACCCCCAUGUCCUCCUGGAAGGUCAAGUACAACGCCUGCUGCACCAGCUCGAGCAUACACUGUGCCAGAUAUACCGCGAACCACUCCUCGCGCUCAAGGAGUUGGACACAAUGAGCCCACUUGACCUAGAUAGCCUUCGUAAGUGGAACGGGGUUUUGCCACCACGAAGCGAGCGUUGCGCUCACGAUCUCGUUGCUGAUCAAGUGCGCUCACGACCCAAUGCCGUCGCCGUCUGCGCAUGGGAUGGUGAUUUGACCUAUUCAGAGCUGGACGCAUAUGCUGUAACACUGGCUCGUAGCCUGCGCUCCCUCGGAGUGACUGCCAAUGUCGUAGUGCCGCUCUUCUUUGGCAAGUCCCGGUGGACUAGCGUUGCCAUACUGGCGGUCCUGAAGGCAGGGGGUGCCUUUACACUCCUUGAUCCGUCUCACCCUGAGGCCCGGCUGCAAGUCAUCUGCCGUCAGGUUCAGGCUCCACUGAUCAUGACCUCCAAACUUCAUGCGGUUACUGCGGAGAGCCUUGGCCCACCGGUGGUCGUCCUCAAUCCGGAGAUGCUUGAGGACGGGAAUGAUGAGGAAGCGGACAGCAAUGUUUCUCAGAUCACCUGGUCUGAACCCAGCUGUGAUGAUCCCAUGUAUGUCGUCUUUACAUCGGGUUCAACUGGGGAGCCAAAGGGCGCGGUUAUGUCUCAUGCGGGGUGGUGCAGCGGCGCUGUAGCCACCUAUUCAAGGCUAGGACUGGGGCCCUGCUCACGCGUGCUCCAGUUCUCUGCAUAUGCCUUUGAUGUGAGUAUAAUAGACACCAUGUUAACGCUAAGUACUGGAGGCUGCCUCUGCGUGCCAUCCGACCACGAUCGAAACAGCAAUCUUGUUGGGGCUUUGACAGACCUUCGUGCAAAUUGGGCGGCUUUGACGCCCUCGGUUGCACGCAUCCUCAAUCCAGAGAAAGCCCAUACGCUUAAACACCUUGUUCUCGUCGGUGAGACACCAACAGCUGCGGACUUUCAACGCUGGUCCUCGCUAUCCUCGGAAAUCCAGGUAAUGAAUGGGUAUGGCCCAGCCGAAUGCGCUACCCUUGUGACACUUCAGUCACACGUUCCCCAAGUACACGACCCACGGCUUAUUGGCCGUGCAGACAGCGCAGUAACCUGGGUGGUUGAUAGCCAAGACCAUGAGCGUCUUGCGCCCAUCGGUGCUGUCGGAGAAUUGCUGGUUGAGGGUCACACUGUCAGUCAGGGAUACUGGAAGGACCCUAAAAAAACGGCUGCUGCAUUUAUCGAGCAACCUCGGUGGCUACAGCAGUUCCGGAAAGCGACUUGCCGCGUUUAUAAAACCGGGGACCUCGUGCAAUAUCUCCACGACGGUUCACUGCGGUACGUGGGACGGAAGGACACGCAGGUUAAGGUUAGAGGCCAGCGCGUAGAACUCGGAGAAGUGGAAGUACGCGUCAAAGAAUGCUUUGCUGGUGUUGAUAAUGCAGUCGCCGAUAUUGUACCGCCCGCUCUUGGUCGACAGCCCUUACUGGCGGCCUGGAUCGUCAUCUCAAAGCCACAAGGAGAACAGGAGGACUGCGAGGAGUCGACAGAGCAAAGUCCCAUAGUCCUGGCUCGACAUGGAGUGGAAUUCCACGGGAUGGUCAAUAAAGCCCUGCGUCGGUUGGAAAAAGUGGUGCCUGGCUCCAUGAUUCCCGAUAUCUUCAUCCCCGUCGACGCAAUUCCUCUCACCCUGACAGGCAAAGUCAACCGGCGCCUACUGUGCUCGUGGGCCGCUGGGCUGUCGUCAGACACCUUGUCUGCGCUACGACUGGAGCAAACGCAGCAACGACGGCCUCCUGUAACCUUCCUCCAACAGCGGGUGCAAGCCCUGUAUGCCGAGGUCCUGCAGGUGUCCCCGGAGGAGGUUGGGCUAGAUGACCAUUUCUUCCGCCGCGGAGGGGACUCGGUCCUUGCAAUGAGACUGGUUGCCCUCGCGCGAGAGGGCGGGCUAUCGCUCACAGUCGCAGAUGUUUUCCGUCGACCCCGACUUGUUGAUCUUGCCGACGACAAGCUUGUUGUGCCAGCCACAAGGACCGUGGAGCACCAGACACCCGGGGCUUUUACUUCGCUCCCGUCAGCGGAAGUCAAGGAGGAGAUCAUCACUGCCGUCGUAGAGCGUGGCCAGAUCCGUCGAAACGAGAUUGAGGAUAUAUAUCCUUGCACGCCAAUGCAAGAUGGGCUCAUGGCUCUGGCGAUGAGAAGUCCCGGCCAGUAUAUAGCAACUUGGGAGUAUACCUUGCGAGAAGACCUUGAUUUACAGAAGCUCCAACAAGCAUUUACCCUCGCUGUGGAAGCCAAUCCGAUUCUACGCACACGCAUCACACAUUGCCAUCCUCACGGUAAUUUGCAGGUCGUCAUUCGCGACAAGCCUGAGAUGAUCCCUCUCUACCAGACGGACGGAGAGUUCGAGCAGGACAAAAGUCUCCAUGCAGCGCAGAUGGGGCUUGAGACCAGUCUCUGGCGAGCAGGGAUAAUCGCGAGUGGACCGAAACGCCGUCUAGUCUUGACUAUCCAUCACGUCCUGUAUGACGGCGAGUCGCUACCCCUGAUCUGGGACCAAGUCUGUGCGGCGUAUGAAUCUACCGACGUUCGUCCACUGCCCGUGUGUCCGUUUGCGCCUUUCACACGCUAUAUCGCUGAAUCAUACGGGGAUUCGCAGUUCUGGCAGUCCCAGUUGCAGAACCUGGAGGCCCCAGCGUUUCCUACACUGCCCUCCUCGAACUAUAUAACACAGCCCGACGCAGCAAUCCACCACCACAUCACUUCUCUUCCAGCCACCAAUCGCGAAUACACACUGUCGACUACACUGAACCUUGCCUGGGCCAUCCUGCUCUCCCAAUACACAGACUCUGAUGAUGUGGUCUUUGGUCUUACGGUCAACGGCCGCAGUGCACCACUAUCCGGGAUCGAGGGUCUGACUGGUCCUACAGUGGCCACUGUCCCGUUUCGCGUGCGUGUGAUAGGUACGCGGUCGGUCGAAGACCAACUUGAUGAGGUGCAAAGGCAAAUCACGGCCAUGACACCCUAUGAACAGUUUGGCCUGCAGAACAUUCGAAAGCUGAGUGAAGAUGCCGCUCGGGCUUGUGAUUUCCAGACCCAUUUCGCCGUGCAACCCGCCACGACAAAUCUACCCAACUCGCUGUUUACCCAUGUUCAGUCUAGAGAUUCAAACUACCAAAACUUCUCCCCUUACGCAUUCGUCUUCGUCUGCGAGCUGGCAGGGGGCGGAGUGUGCGCUGAACGCCACGGAGGGACAUCGAUUGAGAUCAACGCCAGCUACGACUCGAACGUUGUACCAACACCACAGGCCCAGCGCAUGGUCGAGCAGUUCGAGCACAUCCUCAGGCAGCUAGUGGGUGGGUUUGGCCAACGGAUCCAGGACAUCUCAGCGCUCAGUCCGCGAGAUAGGCAUCAGCUCAACCGGUGGAAUGCUGCCCUCCCGGAGUCGCAUGAUCGAGUGCUGCAUGAAUUGAUCCUUAGCCAUGCCAAAAGCCAUCCUCAUAGUCCGGCAAUUUCUGCCUGGGACGGCCAAUUCAACUACCAGCAGCUAGAAAUAGCAUCGAUCCGACUGGCCAGGCAACUGCGCCGGCGAGGCGUGGAGGAAGGGUCCAUUGUUCCCAUCUGUUUCGAGAAGUCCAAAUGGGGGAUUGUGACAAUGCUGGCCGUGCUCUCCAUCGGGGCCGCUCUAGUUUGUAUUGACCCAAAGUACCCUCACGAGCGCCUGCGCAGCAUCCUCAGCCAAGUGGACGCAUCGAUCAUAAUCGUGUCGCCUGGACUAGAAGAGAAGCUCGAAGCACACCGCGGCCGGGCCAGUGUGCUGACCAGCCCGCGGGAUUUCACAGCCGGCGACGACUGUGACAUAGCUCAAGGUCGACAUAUCUGGACUCAGGAUGCAACAAAGUGCGCCUUUAUCAUUUUUACAUCCGGCUCCACUGGCCAGCCCAAGGGUAUCGUGAUGGAGCACCGCCAUAUGGCCACCAGCAUCCGGGACCACACGGCCGCUCUGGGCCUCACACCAACUCAAAGAGUACUCCAUUUUGCGUCGUACGCAUUCGAUGCCAGCCUCUAUGAGAUCUUCUCUUCCUUGGUCAACGGCGGAUGUUUGUGUAUCCCUUCGGAGGACCAACGCCUGAGCACGCUGGAAGAAUUUGUCGUUGCCCAUAACGUUAACUGGGCUCUUCUAACGCCUUCCAUGUUGGCUCUCGUCGACCCUCAUCGUGUCCCAUGCCUCCAGACAGUGGUCGCUGGCGGCGAGGCCCUGACGCGACAUGUUGUUGAGCGCUGGGGAUCCAGAGUAUCUCUGAUCAAUGCGUACGGACCUGGGGAGACGACCAUAUGUGCCGCUGGCCAUGUCGCACCGGCGAAGUGGAAGACAGGGGUCAUAGGGCCUCUAAUGGGUGGUAUAGGCUGGGUAACGCUUGCUUCCAAUCCUGACCGUCUCGCACCGCUGGGGGCAGUCGGGGAGCUGCUGAUCGAAGGGCCGGUGGUCACCAGUGGCUACUUCAAUCAGCCAGACCUUACGGCAAGAGGAUAUAUCGGUGCUCCAGCCUGGCUGGUACAAUAUCGCAAAGGCAAGCCCGGCCGGGUGUUUCGGUCUGGCGAUUUAGUCGAGCUCACAGCAGAUGGAUGGAUCCGAUUCAUUGGCCGCAAGGACACGCAGGUCAAGCUGCGCGGGCAGCGGAUUGAGCUGGCAGAGGUGGAAUACCACGUCCGGCGCUGCUUCGAGUGCCUAGACGUGGUGGUAGAAAGUGUUGCGCUACCUGGGGCCGAUACAUCCUCAGCUCUGGUGGCUUUCAUUAUGGGGUUCAGUGGUCAAAGCGACUCAGAGAUAGCGAUGGACAGCUCCUCCACUGUCUUUGAUAGCCCGACAAUGGACUUUGUCCGUGCAGCCCAGACCGCCGAGGACUUGCUGCGCAAUGCUGCUCCGGCAUAUAUGGUUCCAUCGCUGUUCCUCCCAUUGCGGCAGUUCCCCCAGACGACAGGAGGGAAGAUCGAUCGCCGUCGCCUGCGCCACGAGGUGUCCUUGUUGUCACCGGCUGCGAUUGCGACUUACCAUCAGGCCUCUGUUCACCUGGAGCACCGCCAGCCCACGACGGAGCUGCAGACUACUAUCCAAACAGUGUGGGCCCAUGUUCUCAAUCGCCCUUACACAGAGCUUGGUGUUGAUGCCAAUUUCUUCCACCUUGGGGGUGACUCAAUCAGUGCAAUGCAGUUAGUCUCGCAACUAAACAGCCACGGCGUCCGGACCACAGUCGCAGCCAUCUUCGACCAUCCCACUAUCGCACGCCUGGCAGAAGCGAUAACAUUAUCAUCUGCUCUUAGCCAGAAUCAGAGACUCCACCAUCAGGUGCAACGCGAGCCGGACGAAGAGCAAUAUGACGUGGCCUUUGCGCUUAGUCCCAUACAGCAGAUGUUCCUGGACCGGGUACCUGCACACCACCAGCACUUCAACCAGAGCUUCGUGUUGGCUCUCAAAGACCCAAUUGAUGUGGACACCAUUGAAUGGGCGGUCGAAACUCUCGUUCAACACCACUCGAUGCUCCGCGCGAGGUUUGACCGACAGGGCUGCGGAGCCUGGAGGCAGGUCAUCAAGUCUGAUACCGCCGGCAGUUACAGGUUCAAGCAGCAUCGCAACGUCACCCAUGAUGCCGUCCGACAGAUCUUCCUGCAAUCUCAGGAAUCCCUCAAUAUUCAGACUGGGCCGUUAGUGGCUGCUGAUGCCAUGGCUCUCCGUGACGGCGGGCAAUAUCUCUCGCUGGUGGUUCACCAUCUGGUCGUGGACAUUGUUUCCUGGCAGAUUAUUCUCGACAACCUCGCAGGAUUGCUAGUCACGCGCAGUAUUCCACCGCCAGUAUCCGUGUCGUUCCAGCGCUAUUGCCAGAUGCAAAGCGAGGAGGCUACUUGCGACGGGUCAUGGCCACUGUCGUUGCCCCCGCCAGAAAUGGGUUACUGGGGACUGGAAGACGAAUCCAACCAGCACGGCAGCACGGCCCAGAGCGAGUUUACUCUCAGCCGUGAGGAUACAGCUGUGCUUCUGGGCUGUGCCAAUGGGGCGUUUCAAACCAGGCCCGUCGAGCUUCUUCAUGCCGCCCUGGCAUACUCGUUCGCACAAACAUUCAGCGACCGGAAACCGGCGGUGAUAUUCAGCGAGGGCCAUGGACGUGACAGCCUGGGGAAGCAAGUAGAUGUCACUGACACCGUGGGCUGGUUUACAAACAUAUGGCCCCUGGACCUCAACAUUGAUCCCCAAUCAGAUACUCUGCUCGAUUCCGUGCGGCGGAUCAAGGACAGGCGCCGCGAGGUGGAGGCAGAAUCCCGCCAGUUCCUUGCAAGACACCACCAGGCGAUGCUUGACACCGGUCUGGAGAUCAUGUUCAACUACAGUGGAGCAUCAGGGCACGGCGAGCACGCGGAGUCGAUCCUGCACCCAGUUAGCCUGACCGACAAGGUCUUGUCGUCCUCAGAUAUUGGGCCCAAAGUAUCCCGCUUUGCCAUUUUCGACGUGCUGGCCGGCGUAUUCGACUCGCAGCUUUCGUUCGACUUUAUUUACCCUUCCAAUAUGGCCCGGGAGCAGGAUGCCCGUAUCUGGGUGGAUACAUGUAGGGCGGUUCUGUGUGACUUGGCCCAGCAGUUGCCAGCGCUGCCACGACAACUAACUCGGUCUGAUCUGCCGUUGAUGUCUCUCACAGAAGGUCAAUAUCAGGACUUCAUCCGGAACACUGUAAAUCCCCUCCAGGAUGGUACGCUUCGCGUCGUAGACGCCUACCCGGUCUCGCCCAUCCAGGAGGGCAUGUUGCUGAGCCAGGCAAAAGAUGCUGGCAGUUACUUGUCCUAUCUGGCAUGGACCAUGCGUUCUCGCGAUGGGAAGCCCAUCGAUGUCUCUCGCGCCAUGCAGGCCUGGCAAGAGGUAGUUGACAAGCACAGCAUUCUGCGCACGGUCUUCCGCGCGUCACCGUGCGGUGAUGGCACGACGCAUCAACUGGUACUGCAGGGCUGGCGUGCGACGGUGGUGGCGCUGCCUCCGUCCCCUCAGGACCCGUGGACUCGACUGAGAUCACAUCGUCGUUCGAGUUUCCCUCGAGCACACCCAGAGCAUCGGCUGCUCUUUACUGAAGCGCCGGAUGGUUCCGUGGCCUGUCUACUGGAAAUUAGCCAUACUCUGCUGGACGGUGGCUCUCGGCUUGUGCUUCUUCGCGACCUGGCGCGGGCGUACGAGCACAAGUUGGACCAUACGCGGUGCCGAGCGUAUCAAAAAUAUGUUGAGUAUAUACAUCAGCAGGAGCAAGAGGAGGCCAGGGACUACUGGGACCGAUACACUGCUGACAUGGAACAUUGCAUCUUCCCAGCCAUGAGCACCGCCUCCACUGCCACGGACAAUAUAAAUAUCGGCCAUCGACACAUGUGCAUCGACAACAUCCACGAUUUGACUCGUUUCUGUCGGCAAAACGAGCUGACCGUGUCCUUGGUCUUGCAGCUCGCCUGGUCUCUUGUCCUACGGGCGUAUUGCCGGACGGACGACACCUGCUUUGGCUACAUGACGUCUGGGCGCGACACCCCCGUCCAGGGCAUUCAGGAUGCCGUCGGACCAUUCCUCAAUCUUCUCCCCUGUCGAGUCCACCUGGGAACUGACACUCCAAUUCUCCGACUUCUCCGGCAGUGCCAGACGCAGUUCUCCCAGUCUCUGCAGUUUCAAUACAGAUCCCUGGCGGCCAUCUUGCACCAGCAUCAGCGGCAUCCAGCGCGCCAUGGUCCUUUAUUCAAUUCCAUCCUGUCAAUCCAAAAGGAAACGCCCAAUAUUUCUGGACCGAACUCCUCGUGCAUCAUCCAAGAAAAGGACGGAGGGAAUCCCACCGAGUAUGAUUUGGUUCUUUCCAUUGGUGUAUCAGACGAAAUGCUGGACGUCACUCUAGACUACCGAGACACGACCUUGACUGAUUCUGCAGCUGGGUUUGUCCUUGACGCACUCGCCCAGGCUGUCAGGGAAGUCGUCCGAGACCCCGGCCGGUCAGCGCGAGACAUACCGCUCCUUGCGGGAAGCCCGUCAGAAAAGCUCGUCUGGGAGUGGAAUUCGCCGGGUCCCACGGUCGUGCAGGAGGCUGUCACGGAUAUCGUUCUGGCGCAAAGCCGUGACCGACCACAAGCACCCGCCGUCUGCAGCUGGGACGGAGCACUGACAUUCAGAGAGCUCGAGAUUGUCGCACGCGCCCUCUGCCGGCGGUUGAGAACGCAAUAUAGGAUCGGAAAUGGACACUUUGUUCCCAUUUUCGCCAGCAAGUCCCGCUGGGUUCCGGUUGCAAUGCUCGCCGUUGCGCUGGCUGGAGCGGCAUUUGUACCGCUGGAUACCACGCACCCCAUGUCUCGACUACGCGAUAUCUGUGCUAGUUGCGAGGCCCCGAUUGUGCUCACCCUCGAGCAGCAGGUAUCGGAUGCCGAGCGGCUGGGUCCUGAAGUGGUCCCUAUUGACGUCCAUGUGCCGGAUAGCCUUGAUGGGCAAGAUGGAGAGCCUGAAGUGACCCUUCAUCCUUUUAACCCCCGGAAGCCCCUCUACAUGAUGUAUACGUCCGGCUCAACAGGGACGCCCAAGGGGGUGAUGAUCGAUCAUCGUGCCUUGGCUUCAACCGCCAGCGGCUUUGCCAGUGCCAUCCGGAUCACUGCUUCCUCACGCGUUCUGCAAUUUGGAUCCCACGCCUUUGAUAGCUGCAUUGCCGAGAUCCUCGUCACGCUGAUGGUUGGCGGCUGCGUGUGCAUUCCAUCCGAGGACCAGAGACAGAACAAUCUCGCGCAAGGGGCAGCCGACAUGGAAGUCAACUGGGCAUUUGCCACUGGCUCUCUGGCUCGCGUCCUGCAGCCGUCCGACUAUCCGACGCUGCGCACCCUGGUAUUAGGGGGCGAGCCGGUGACGAAUAAAGAGAUCCAACGGUGGGCGCCGGUGGUCGACGUCUUCAUAGCAUAUGGACCGACAGAGUGCACGAUCUUCAGCACCGGCCUCUCACGCCCCGUUACCCCUGACGCCAACGGCCGUGACAUCGGGCGGCCAUUUGGGUGUCAGGGGUGGGUGGUCGACCCGGCCAACGUCGAUGUCCUGCUGCCCAUCGGUGCUGUCGGCGAGCUGCUCAUCCACGGACCCAUCGUCGGCCUGGGAUAUCAUAAACAGCCCGAUCUGACAGCGCAUGCUUUCAUUGACGCGCCGGCCUGGCUAGGCGCCCAGUCCGAUGCAUCACAGAAGCUGUAUCGAACGGGCGACCUUGUGAGGCUGACUGAUCACGGUUCGUUCGAAUUCAUGCGGCGCAAAGAUCACCAGGUCAAGCUGCGCGGGCAGCGGCUGGAGCUCGACGAGGUGGAGUAUCACCUUCGACAGUGCUUUCCCGCUGCUGAUGAUGCCAUUGUUGAGCUACACACGCCGGUGGACAGCCCGCAAUCAGCGGCACUCGUCGCCUUCAUCGUCCCCUCCACCGCACAGAAGAAGAGUGAGGGCAAGCUGGACAUCGGAACAGGUCGAACACAUCUGUUUGACACGCCGGAUACUGCAUUCCGAGAGGCAGUGGUAUCGACGGUCUCCAGGCUGGACUGUCUCCUUCCUACUUACGCGGUCCCAACGGUAUUCAUCCCAGUCUCUCGUAUUCCUCUCACCAAAUCCGGCAAGACGGAUCGCGGUUGCCUGCAAGAGGCUAUACGAGCACUUUCGAGCACAGAGAUGGAUGUAUUUACGGCGACGACCGGCGCGAAGACCCCCCCAGUAACAGAGGCUGAGCAGGAACUCGCAAAGCUCUUCGGGUCCCUCUUCAAUAUCAACCAGGUCUGGAGAGAGGAUAACUUCUUCCGCCUGGGCGGGGACUCAAUCCUUGCCAUGCAAUUGAUUCCCCUUGCGCGUAGGGCGGGCCUUUCAAUCACCACGGGCGAUAUCUUCAAGCACCCCCGCCUGUGCGACCUGGCAACAGCUUCGAGACCUAUGGGCAGCAACGACCCAACCUCGACACUCCCAGUGCCUCCUUUCAGUCUGCCUCGUACGGAACUCGAUCGUGAUGCCCUGAUAGAAAAGGCCGCCGAGGCCUGUGGCACCUGCCCCGGAGAGGUCGAAGAUGUUUACCCCUGUACGGUGCUGCAAGAGGGGUUUAUGGCUCUGACAGAACAGGCCCCCGGCCGUUUUGUGGCAACCUUUGAGUACCAACUCCAUGAUGGUGUCGACCUAAGCCGGUUCCAGUCGGCCUGGUGUGCGGCAACUGUUGCCAACCCCAUCCUGCGUACGCGGAUAGUUCAAUUGGAGGAGUUGCGCGGUGCCCAUCAAGUGGUCCUCCAGACGCCCACGUUGUUCCAUACCUUUGAGGACCCCAAUGCCCAUCGCUUAUAUACUAAAGAUCUCCCUCGAGAAAUGAUGCUGGGUACAGAGUUGGUCAAUUUCUCUAUGGUCCAGCAAGCGAAACACUGGAUGUUUUACCUGACCAUCCACCACGCCUUAUAUGAUGGGGAGUCGAUGGCAUUGCUUUGGAGCCAAGUCCUCUCUGCGUACCGUGGGAACCCUCUCGCCCCGCGGCCCUUCAGUGGUUUUAUUCAAUAUUGUUUAGGCGACCACAGUGCCGCCCAGUUUUGGCGCUCAGAGCUGGCCGGCCUUCGAGCCCCGGUGUGGCCGGCUCCUCCAUCUCCUCGAUACACGCCCACCCUGUCUUCGUCCCUCACGCGGCCAGUCCAGCUGGAGCAUGUGAUGGCAGAGUUCACGGCCUCCACAUUGAUCCAUCUCUCCUGGGCUAUUGUGAUGUCUUGCUACACUGAUUCCCAAGAUGUGGUCUAUGGACUCACCCUCAACGGCCGCAGCGCUCCCCUACCGGGCAUUGAAGAUAUCGCAGGCCCGACCAUAGCUACUAUUCCCUUCCGGGUGCAGCUUGAGAGCCAGAAUACUGUCAGAGCUGCUCUGGCUGCAGUCCAGGCCAAAUCUGCCGCACUGUCCUCUGCCCAGCAGUUCGGCCUACACAACAUCCGGCACUUGGGAGAGGACGCGGCUCGAGCUUGCGGCUUUCAGUGUCACCUAGUGAUUCAAUCUCAGACCGAACUGGAGAGUAAUGAACUGUGCGAGCCAGUGGCCUCGGAUAGCAAGGGCUAUGCAGCAUUUGGUGAUCGCGCCCUGAUGAUCGUCUGUGACAUUUCCAAAGCCCGCAACACGGCCAGCGUCCGAGUGACGGUCAAUUAUGACAGCCAGAUCAUUUCACAGGGACAAGCAGAGCGCCUGGCCUCCCAAUUCUCGCAUGUACUCCAGCAAUUGCCUCUCGCUCUGGAGCUCCCGUUGGAUCGGCUGGAUUUAUUGAGCGCCGAUGACAAGCACCAACUCCAGCAAUGGAACGACACCCUGCCCACGACUUCUGGGGGAUCUCUACAAGACAUGGUUCUUGCUGCUGCAGCUCAGCACCCAGAUAAGCCCGCUAUCUCGGCCUGGGAUGGCGAGCUGUCCUUUUCGGAGCUGGACCGGCUGUCGGGCAACCUAGCCUGCGUGCUGCGAGACCAUGGAGUCCACGCCGGCAGUGCGGUGCCUGUUUGCUUCCACCGCUCGAAGUGGGUGGUGGUGGCCAUGCUAGGCGUGCUUCGCGCUGGGGGUGUCUGUAUACCGCUGGACCCAGGCCAUCCCCUGGAUCGCAUUCGAGCUAUCUUACGCCAAACAGGGCCGCACAUCGCACUGGUCUCUCCGACAACGCGCGGUGUGCUGGCCGACUGUGGUUUACCCGUCCUGAGUUUCCCUCUCGAGGAGGGCACACCUGAGGUAGUCACCCCAGCGCCACUUCGGCCUGUUGACACCCAUGAUUUAGCGUUUAUCAUGUUCACCUCCGGCAGUACCGGGCAGCCUAAGGGGAUUCUGCUGGAGCAUGGCAACCUCUGCACUAGCAUCUCGCACCACAGCAUCCCAUGCAACAUCACGGCCGAGACGCGUUUUCUUCACUUCUGCUCCCACGCCUUUGACGGGACCUUGCUUGACAUUUUCACCGUCCUUUGCAUGGGCGGGUGUGUUUGUAUUCCGUCAGAACAGGAUCGUAUGAAUGACCUGCCGGGAUUCAUUGCGCGCCACCGCGUCAACGCUGCGUUUCUUGUCCCCUCGCUGCUCAACCGACUAAUGCAGCCGGAACUCGUUCCAAGCCUACGGACUAUCCUAGUGGGCGGAGAAGACUUGACUCGCGAUGUUGUUGAAAAAUGGGCGUCCAAGGUGACCCUGAUCAAUAUAUACGGCCCCGCGGAAACAACCAUAGUCUGUGCCGCGGCCCAGGUCUGCCCGGGCACAUGGACCAGGGGCAAUAUUGGCCCUAUCACUGGUGGUAAAGGAUGGGUUACCACGCCCUCUGAUCCCUCGCGCCUUGCUAUGGUUGGCGCAGUGGGUGAGCUCCUGAUUGAGGGGCCCAUUGUUUCGCGCGGAUACCUCAGUGACCCUGCGAAGACUGCAGAUAGCUAUCUUACAACGCCUUCCUGGUUGGUUCAAUUCCGCGGUAACGAUGUGCCAGGCCGGCUCUAUCGCACCGGCGACCUGGUUGCGUACAUGCCAGACGGGUCCAUCCGGUUCGUGGGCCGCAAGGGCACCCAGGUCAAGAUGCGUGGCCAGCGCGUGGAGCUGUCUGAAGUCGAGCACCACCUGCGUCUGUGUUUCCCCCAGGCCAGUGAGGUAAUCGCUGAGACUGUCAUGCGUGACGGUUCUGCAGGAGUUGCUGCUCCUAGCCUGAUAGCUAUGAUCGGGCUUCCUCGUGGCACUGGGACUGGCUCCGACGGCGACCAAGGCGUCUUUCUCCCCCCGGAUGCUCACUUCCUGGAGCAAGCCCGUGUUGCCACUGCCAGGCUGACGGAUUCGUUGCCAGUCUACAUGGUUCCAGCUCUGUUUCUCCCACUGGCUCGGGCGCCGCGGACAAUGAGCGGCAAGGUCGACCGUCGCCGGCUGCGCGAGCUGGCUGCUGCUGCGUCUCUGCAGCAGAGGCAGUCCAUCGACGUCAAGGAGCUCCCUCGCACCCGGCAAGAAGAACUUCUCGUCGAGCUCUGGGCCGUUGCAUUGCAGAUACCCCGCAGCGAAAUCGGCACCAAUGAUAACUUCUUUCAACUCGGUGGCGAUUCUAUUACAGCAAUGAAGCUUGCCAGUCUUGCUCGCCGCCGCGGUGUCUGCCUAUCCACGGUCCAAAUUUCCAACAGCCCAGUCCUCGCUGACCAAGCAGCCAAAAUGAACGAGCGACAGGAUCUGACAAAUGCCGAAGAGCCCUAUCACGCUGGUUCGCUUCUCGGUGUUGACAACAUAGGACAUUUCCUUGCGGAGGCCCAGGGCACGCCACACACGCCCUGGCCAUUGCAUGCCGAACAAGUGGAAGAUAUCCUCCCAAUCACCGAGUUCCAGCACAUGUUUCUGGAUAACAACCUUUUCCAUUAUAUCUGUCUCUCUAUUCCCCAGACGAUUAGCCCUAGUCAGAUUGAAGCUGCUUGCGCUAGGCUGGUCCACCAUCAUGCCAUGCUCCGUACAGUCUUCGUUCACCAUGACGGCCUCCCUCGCGCAGUGGUUCUUCGCCAGCUCAACAUUCAACUGUCCCAGCUUGAUUGUUCUGCUAUCGACCUCGACUCCUUCGCGGAUUCAAUCUGCGCACAGGACUACGCCACCGGCACGUCGGAUGGACUAGCGUGCUUCAAGCCCUUCCUCGUCAUAUCAUCAGAGGCGGACAAGUCGCAUAUGCUGAUUCUGCGUACCACGCAUGCUCACUAUGAUGGGUACUCCUUCCCACUGGUUCUAGACGACCUGGUAGCGGCCUGUGAGAACCGCCCCCUUCGUCCGCAAAUCCCUCCAUACCCGGUCUACUUGCGUUAUCGUGACCGUCAAAAGACUCAACCGGCCUUCGGAUUCUGGCGUGAGUAUCUCCACGGUGCACAAAUGCCAGACCUCGAUAAUAUGCUGAGGCAGAUAUUGAACACGGGCAGUGGUCCAUGCCCCACUCCUUGUAGCGUCUCCUCGCAGGGGGAGCCAAAUCGAGGCUUCAAGAUCACCCGGCGGCGCGAUAUUCCGCUACUCUCCCCACCAGACGGCAUCACUACGGCCUCCAUGGCUAAAGCCGCCUGGGCGUUGGUUCUGGCGCGGGUCACUCAGUGCCGCGAUCUCGUCUUUGGCCAUACACUUAACGGCCGCGAUGCACCGAUGCCGAAUGUCGACGCCGUCAUCGGACCCUGCGUGACCCUCUCCCCCCUGCGCAUCAUCCUCCCUCCACCUAGCCAGAACAAAAUUUCUGCUUCGGACCUCCUACACCACGUGCAGACCCAGUACGCCCGCGCAAUGGCCUUUGCCCACCUGGAUUUCCAGCACAUCCGCCAGCAUGCCACCAGCUGGGAUCCAGCCACACAGUUCAACAGCGUGGUGACGCAUCAUAAUAACGCCACGCAGUCCCAGACCAUUUUUCCAACCGUCUCGCUGGCCGGUCAAGAUUGUCCCUCGCGCGUGGAGAAUUAUGGCGUGCCUCCACAUCUCCAUGUUGACACCCUACCCUUGCCGCAUGCAGUUCAUGUAUCCAUCGUAGGGCCUAGCUCCCGGGUCUCAGUUAAUGGCGUGGAGUAUCUACUUGAUGCGUUCUGCGAGGCUUUGCAAGAGCUCAAUCAGGGUGGGCAGAUUACUAUUUAGGACGUUUGAUUGCUAUGUCUUGCUUGUGUUAUUUACCUGGAAUAUUAAUUAAUUUGUGUCGGAUGAUCGCGGUAACUUGCUGUAUAUACCACACUUCUCGCUAGUCAUUCUGAAUUGUUUUUGCCAUUCAUUUUACUGGCCAUCUUCAACUGUCUACGCC